AUGGAGAAAGCAAAUCCUAUCCUCACAAUAGGAACCUCGAAUUUGCAUUUGGACAGGAUGGCGCGUCGAGACUCGACGUGGAAGAUUCCACCCCCUUCCCCUCCACGUCGAGGUGGGGGUGGUGGGGGUGGACCACCACCACCACCUCGACGUGGAAGACGGAAAAUGAUAAUCUGGCGCCUUCACCUUGCUGUGCAAAAAAGUGAAGGGCAAUCAUCUCACCGAUAUGGAUAUCAUUGCGUUGAUGCCGAAGAAUGAGAUCACGGCGUGCAUCCGAUAGGUGGGCCAUCUAUUGAGGCACAAUCGAGACAGAGACUUUAUACACAAAUACUUUAGGAGGCGCGGUCAGGCCGGGAUGCAGGACGCGACGGCGGACUAUAUCAAGUACCUCCUCCUACCGCCAGAGAAAAAGUGAGCUCUUCAAUACGCCAGAAGAACCCACUGCACCCAUCGAACCCACUACACAAGGGCAGCUCACCAAGUGGGUGUGGAUCUUGGAGGCUGACAACUCGCCAACAUCCGAACCGUACGAGGUAACUGUUGAGGCGGCCCCGGCGAGUAAGCUCCCUGACGACAGACCAAAGGUGAGCUCGACACACACACAUCCAACACGCACGCGUGGAUUAAUGUGGGCCGCGUCUCUCUGUGUGGUUGUCAGGCUGACAAUGGUUCAUCUGCGGCAGUACCGCCACGUGGCCCCCUGGCGGACAAGCCCCCUGACGACAGACCAAAAGUGAGCUCGACACAUACCUCUCCAACGCGCACGCGUAGAUGAAUGUCUGCCGCGUCUCUCUGCGUGGUGGUCAGGUUGGCAAUGGUGCAUCUGCUGCAGCCGCUGCGGUGCUGCCACAUGGCUCUCUGGCUGGUCGAAAACCUGCUUUGAACAACCGCAAGCCAACCGAUACGGAGCGAAAACGGGACAAGAUCCGUUGUUGGAAGAAAACAAUAGACUACUACAAAGCUGUCAUCGCCCUACACUUGACGCAGUUCAGUCAAGUGUUAGAGCACGAGAGACGGCUGUAUCUGUGUAUGAAGGAGGGAGCCAAGAGAAUUCCCCCCAAGUCAGCUAUCAUACGAUGUUCUUCAUCGCGUAAGUGAGGGAGUCGUGUAAGUGAGGGAGUCGUAAAGCAUUGGUCUUGCCUGGGAGGGACUGAAAUAUGUGUCGUUUACGAGGACUGACUAUACUGCAGGUGUUUUGCGUCAUCAACUAUUCGCCACACGAUACAGAGUGUUUCUGUCAACUCGCUGGGUAGGCGUCAAGCAAUGGGCCAUUCUCUAAAGUGCCGUGUCUCGAUGUCUUGAAUGGCUGUGUCCCUUAUGCUGCUCCUGCCUUGAUCUGUCAAUUAAUCAGGGCCCAGCACGACCUGUUGUUCAUCGGAUCAACAGUGCGAGUCAUCGCGCCUGA